AGUCACCCCUGGGAAACGGUAACGACGGCUGCCAUGCAGAAAUACCCAAAUCCCAUGAACCCCAGCGUGGUUGGAGUGGAUGUCCUGGACAGACAUGUAGACCCUAGUGGGAAGUUGCACAGCCACAGACUCCUCAGUACCGAGUGGGGAAUACCCUCCAUUGUGAAAUCGCUCAUUGGCACGUGCAGAACAAAGACGUAUGUUCAGGAGCACUCUGUGGUUGACCCAGUGGAAAAAACAAUGGAGCUUAAAUCCAGUAAUAUUUCCUUUACAAACCUAGUGUCAGUAGACGAGAGGCUUGUCUAUAAACCACACCCUCACGACCCAGACAAAACCAUUUUGACACAAGAAGCAAUAAUAUCUGUGAAAGGUGUCAGUCUCAGCAGCUACCUAGAAGGGCUAAUGGCAAACACAAUUUCUUCCAAUGCUAAUAAAGGCCGGGAAGCAUUGGAAUGGGUAAUUAAUAGACUAAAUGCUGAAAUUGAAGAGUUCACGGCUUCAGAGAGGAACCAUGAGGAAUUCAAUGGCAGCAGCAGCAUUUGUAGAGAAAUGAUAGUAAAUAUACCUGCAUUACUAACGAGGUUUAACAACCUGAAGCUUCUCUCCGAACCUAAACAGUGUAUCCUUUGUUAUUUAAAGGCAUACCUGCACAUUAGGCAUGUUUCAAAUUUAAUCUGGAGAAAAGCUGAAUUGUUACUAAUGCGGCUGAUGUGGAAAGCCUAGUCAAUAUUUUGGUUCAGCUGAACCGAAUUUCGGUUACAGAUGAAGUAGUAAUUAAUUUUUUUUAAAAAAGUAUAGUUUCUGUAUUUACAUGAA